AAACACAAUAAAGAUGAACCUAAAGCGUAGAAACAGAAAGUGGAAGAGGCAAAAACUACAGAAAUGAAUAAAGUGGAAAUGCGAAGUAGUAGGAAAAUUUGUGAAAAUUCAAAUCCUGCGAAUUUCAACGCAAAAAUUUGUGGAUAAGUGCAAAAGAAAAGCGCAAAAGUGCUAUUAAAAAAAGCUAGCUUAACAGCCGUUUCGCGUUGUGCGAAAGUGUCGCCAGCGUUAGGGGCGCACAAGGCAAACGAAAAAGAAUAGCCGCAGACAUCUGCCCAUGAUUUGAUUAAAAAUUUGCUGGCAUGAGCUGUACUACUAAAGGUCACCAUAUCGUGUUGCUGAUUUAACAAGAGGAUUACAAAUACAAUAUAUCUAUAUAUAUAUAUAUAUAUAUAUCUGGAUCGUGGAAGGAAUACUUCAUAGGCUCUACAAAGAUGCAUUUAAUCUUGUGUAAAAUUCCGAACAAAUUUCCAAAAUCUCACUCACUCCGGCAACCACCGCACGCGCUUCCGCGAGGCUGUUGCAUUGCUAGCCGCUGAGGCAGAAUUAACAGCAAUUCUCUCGCAGAUAGAAUGUUCAGACCAAUCAAGAACUUCAUCAACUAUAUACAGAAGAAUGCAAGCGGCAGCGCAAUUUUUGGUAAUACUACAACAGGAGCUGACAACGAAACAGUACGUGGCGCUGAAGAAAUCGGCAUCGAAGCAACAAAAGUAAUUUGCGAACAAAGUGAAGUAACAAGAGGUGAAAGCGAGAAGAUUUACGCUAAAGAAAGCAGUAUUUCCAAAGUUAUAAUUAAUCCAAGAGAGCAUAAAGAAAUGAAGCGUAUACAAGUGAAUAAGAUGAAUUGUGUUAAUGGAAAAAGCGACCCGGGGCAAGUGGUUAACGCUAAAGAACUGAAUGGCGUUGGCGGGGACGUUGCUGCAUACGCUGGCGAUGACACCGACGAUGAUAUUGAAUUGCAAAUUAAAAGCAGUGUUAUGCUGCGGGCACCACUAAAACGUGUCUCUGUGGUGGAAAACCUAACAGAUGAAGUGGAUGCAGAUGACGUCGAGAGUUUGGAGCUAAACCGGUCACAGGGCUCAAUAUACGAUCAUAGUGAUGGCAUUGAAGUUGAUUCACAAGAUGAAUAUGAUGACUAUCCACGUGAAGGUGCUGAAGCAAUUUCAGUGCUAAGUGAUGAUGGCACUACUGCUGGUGGUGGAGAAGAUACUGCUGAGGAUGACUUUGUCACGGAGGAGGAAGAUGCUGAAGAUACAUUUUUGAAUUUGCCAAGUUAUCAGGAGCACCGAUUCGAAGACAGUGAAAUCAUCGUGCUCAACGAUGUCGAUGUGAACUCCUCAAUUGCUUCCGAUGCGCCCUCCGAGGAUCCGCUGGCCAUCGACGACUUUACACAGCCGUCGAUUUCGGCCAAUAAGGAUAGUUCAAAUCCGUUAGAUUCCUCCACCAAUGAUGAGGCUUCCACUAGCGCCGAUUUACUAUGGAUCAAUAUCGAUGAAUUAAAGACAAAUACUACAACGCCAAAUGCAGAAAAAGACUUACUAACCGAGCCGCAAUUAAUACACACGCCCACAAGCACGCCACAGCGGCAGCUUACGGCUAAUGUAGUCAAAGAGAAGCGCAAUAGCUCCGGCGGCAGCGCAAACAGCAGCAAUAAUGCUGCAACAACAACACUAAACACUCAAGGUGAUGAACAUGCGGAAGAGAUACGCAGCGAUGGUUCCGAUUCAGGGCUGGGCAGCGAGACAUCCACGCUCCAGACGACACUGGCCAGCCUGGGAGACACUAGCCACUUGACGGCGCCCAGCGGUAAUAGUGCCACAAAUACGCCCACUGGUGGCAAAACGAAAACAAGCGCAAGUAAUAGCUGCAGCACCGGCGACACUGCUUCCAAUUUAACAGUAACAGAUGGUGUGGCAGGCACUUCCAGCGCAAUUGUGCCUGUUGCUGUCACUGUUGCAUUGCCGCCGCUGGCGGCGGUCGCAAAGCCGUUGCGUUCAAAUUUGAAACGUCGCCUCGAUGAGGAAGAGGCACUUGUCGACGCUGCACAACAAACUCAGCUCGCAACCACUGGCGGCUCACAAGUUAAAAAACCUAAGCGUUCCAUUAAUUUUGAAAACGUACAAGUUUACUAUUUUCCAAGACAACAAGGUUUCGGUUGUGUGCCCUCAGCGGGCGGUUGUACGCUGGGCAUGGGUGCACGCCAUAUUGGCUUUAAAACGCUAACACUAGCAGAACAUGCGGCUGAGUUGCGGCGCGCGCAUCGCCUACAAUUACAGGAAAUCAACCCGCGGGGCUCAUCCAGCGACGACAGUGAGGAGUCCGAGGAGGAUUACCUAAGUGAGGGCAGCGGCUCCGAUUUGGAUGCCGAGUCGAAUGGGUUUCUACAGCCAGUGUCGCCGAAACAGCGACGCGCUCUGCUUAAAGCAGCUGGCGUACGCAAAAUUGACGCUGCCGAGAAGAUUGAAUGUCGCGACAUACGAAACUCGCGUGAGGUGUGCGGCUGCACGUGUGUGGAAUUCUGUGAUCCGGAAACUUGUGCCUGCAGUCAAGCGGGAAUUAAGUGUCAGGUCGAUCGCGCCAUGUUUCCUUGCGGUUGUACACGCGAUGCAUGCGGCAAUACAGUGGGCCGCGUCGAAUUUAAUCCCACGCGUGUACGCACACAUUUCAUACACACUAUCAUGCGACUGGAGAUGGAAAAUCGUCAACAGCAAAAUCCGCCACUCUGCAGUACUGUCAGCAGCUAUAGCUUGGCAACCGCCUGUGCCACAACUGCUACCGCUGUGGGUCCACCGCUCGCAAACACCCUACCGCCGACGCCAUCGUACGCCAAUAAUUUACCCGGCAGUUACUAUGCCAUGCAAACACAAUCAAAUUACAGUUCCGGUUAUGCUUCGCCCGCAUAUCCCAGCGAACCGGCGGCCAAUUACUAUCAGCAACAGAGCAGCAGCUCUGCACACUACAGUGCUGUGAGCACAACUGAGCAGCAAAGCUAUCAACUAGACACUUUAGAUGCGGCAAAUUUAUUCACCGGUCCCGCUACUGCCACACCGGUGUACGGCGAAAUGGUGCCAGCCUAUAGCAGCGCAGUUGGCGUGGCGGCAAGUACUGCCACUGUAAGCGCUUAUCACCAGAAUAUCAACUAUUCGGCAGUGCAGCAAACGCAGGUCUCCACUUUCACCGCCUAUCAGCAAACAUCUAGCGCAGCUUAUCUACCACAGCACAGCCAGCAGAGCGCCACUACGACAGCUGCAGCUGCGACCACACACUCUACGCUGCCACCGCCGACCACAUUCAGUUCGUGCGCCGUGCCCUCGCUUCCACCAUACGGCACUGCUACCACAACAGCAGCAGCGGCACAGUAUCAAGACACCAGCAGCUAUGCGCUUGUCGGCACCACAGCGCCCAGCUGCAUCAGCAUUGAUGACAGUGGUGGCCGUGAGCUCGUUGAAUGCGCUACAGAAGUUGACAUUGGAAAUGUCGACUGCGGCGCCACUAACACCAGCGAUAACAGCAGCGCUGCCAAAACCACCACAAUCGAAAUCACUUCCUGCAGCAGCAGCAACAGCAAUCGAAUGCUUGCCGCUAAAGAUAGUAUCGGUGACAUCAGUGGCUUCGGCGACAACGGCACUGGCUCUGACAGCAGCUUCAUACAACUUAGCACACCUAUUUCCAGUGCAGCGCGGCUCUCACAAAUCAAUGAUUUACUACUGCAAAAUCGCCAUACAACGGCCACGCUUGUGGCUAUCUCGCAAACGUCUUGUUUGAGCGUUAGUGCUCGCACUAGUACAAGUACGCUCAUAAGCAGCCGCAGCGUUACUACCGAUUGUGAUUACAAUGACAGCAGCAGUCAAGAUGCUGAACCGGAACAAAAAGAGGAGGAAGAACAAGAAGAAGAUGAAACUGAAGAUGAACUUGAGGAAAAGGUGGCCGAUGAGGUUGCAGCAAAAGACGAAAAAACGCUAAUCACAGAGUCACAAUACUCAGGAGAUGAUGAAAAUGGCGGCGAAAAGACCGCGCUGCAACCGGCAGCAGUUGCAGUCGCAGAAACCGAACCGACACCUGCUGCCAGCGAAAAUCCUGGCAUCAAUGACGAUACAGUGGAGAAGCCAAGUGGUGGAUCAGCUGCCACUACGUGCGCAGGCACUGAAAAAGCAAAUGUCACGCCUAGCAGUGUUGUUGCAUUAGUCGCUGAUAACUGCGCAGUUAGUGGUGUUAGCGCUGCUGCAAUCACAACUACUGUCACUGCCAAUACUGACACAAGCGCAGUGGAUUCGGCGUGCAAAUAAAUUGCGAAAAAGGAUGACUUUGUAACAACCAGGCACACACACAUUCAUCUUCACACGACGCUCGCUAUAAACAAACAUAACAUAAAUUCAUAUAAACAGUUGCACAGGCGUUGCGCUGCAUCAUGCAACGCUACGCUAUGCUUCUUUCUACUACAUUGUUAGCAAUUUUAAGGAGAAGACUUGAUUUUUAUUAGCAUAUAACUAAGCGUAAAACUGAAGUAAA